AUGGUAUCCCACGUUUCGCUUCUUGUUGUCAUAAUUACAGCGAAAAAUAGUUCCUCAUGCUCACAAGGUCUUGCCAAAUACAAGAUUUAUGAAGAAUUGUCACAAACGAUUAAAUUCAAAUAUUUCUUCUCCACAAAUCAAUCACCUCAUGUACUUGCAAACGGUAAUCUUGUAUUUAUUUCUGGUAAAUACAUUGUUGAAAAUUCCGAACCAUGUUUUACUAUCGCGUAUUCAAGCAUUAUUGGUAAAAAUCCAAACUAUGGAUUUGAUAUGACUGCUAUCCCUAUAUGCAUUCCUCAUUGUAUAUACUCGGUGAUUGUCAAUCGUGAACCAAAAGAAGUUAAAGAAUUUAUUCAUUUUGGUGCCGAGACUGUUGAAUAUAAUUCGGUUACCGGUAAACCUGAUGUCAAGAUAGACUUGACUAUAAUUUAUCCUUCUCAAUCUUCUAGGUUUAAAUAUCUGGGCCCUUCGGGCUCAAAUAUUAAAUCACUAUCUACCUAUUUUAUAUCAGGUUUUCUGAAAUUUUCUAAGUCAGGAAAAAUGAUGAUUGAGGCUACUAAUGUUGAUUAUCUGAAAACUUCAACUAUUAGUAUUACUGCAUCCAAAACUUCUUCUUUAACGAUAGCUAACACACUAUCAAUUAUUGAUCUCAUUGAUGAUGAUAUUGAUUUGACUACUACCCGACUGAAGCAGCAACUUGAACCUUUCCUAACUUCGGCAAAAAAUAUUGAUGCUUAUGAUUCGGGUACCCAGGUUAUUGGUCAGCUGUCUGAUGAUGAUGUUUACGAUCAAAAAACUGUGGAACUAGAGGAAGAUAUGAACUCACAAGAUGAAAUUGAAGAGCUUGAUGAAGAAGUUCAACCUAAAAAAAGAAGAAAAUCUGCUAAGGGGAUCAAAAGAAAAAGGGAAGAAAGUAAACAUAAAAGUUGGUAA